AUGCUAAGAAAGGACGGUGAAGAGUUAGUGGAUGAAUACUCUUUGCCCCUUAUACCAAGCGAUGUUGUUCUUGGAAUAGAUACGCGGCAGUCUUGCUUCAAGCGUGUUCUUGUAAAUUUAGGCGAUCUGGUACCUUAUGGGGGCUUUCUAUCAGCGACAUUUACUCUAUCUAGUGCUACGCUAGGGGCUGGCGUCAUUACUUUGCCAUCCGCCUUUAACUUUAGCGGUAUAAUACCCUCUUUUUUGCUUUUACUAAUUGUGACACUGGCUACAAUCUAUGCUGUCCGACUACUAGUUGAAACACGUGAAUUAACACGUCUAGGCUCAUAUGAGGCCAUGGCAAGGACUUUGUUUGGCCCUGGAUGGGAUUAUUUGAGUGCAGGAUUAAUGUGGUUAUUUACGUUUGGCACAUGUGUUGCCUAUAUUAUAUCGAUUGGAGAUAUUCUCGAUUCUGCAUUUAUGGAUGACUCCAUACCGUCGUACCUCCGAUCGCAAGGCGGAAAGAGAUUGAUAACCGUUCUAAUAUGGUUUCUGGGAAUGUUUACUACAUCUUUGCCUAGGAGCAUCAAUUCAUUGCGUUACGCAUCGAUAGUAGCGAUACUUUCUCUAUUAUUUUUCAUUGCGUGUGUCGUUGUCCACGCCCUACAAAACGGUUUUAGAAAUGGUAAAAUACGAAAAGACAUCCACUUUUGGAGAACGGGCAAUAUCGCCAUUGAGGGGCUUUCCCUGUUUAUGUUUGCAUACCUCUGCCAGGUAAACUCUCUAGAAAUAUAUGAGGAAAUAAUAGAUCCCACAGUUAAAAAGAUGACCACAUAUACUGCAUCAGGUAUGUUUUUUUGCUUCAUUGCUUAUUCAAUCACCGGUUUCUUUGGUUACGCCGAUUUUGGUCCAGAAAUAAAGGAUUCAAUUAUAAAACACUAUGACAUUGAUCACAACCUCUUACUCGCUAUUUCACUUACUGGUAUUGGUUUUCAGCUCUGUGUCGGAUUCGCGCUGUGUAUGCAGCCCGCUCGUGAGUCCUUCUAUUACGCUCUUGGAUGGGAUAUAGCGACAAUACCAACUUACAGGCAUGUUCUAUUCUGUGGAACACAAUCUUUAGCCGCGCUUACGCUCGGACUAUUAAUCCCAUCGGUAAACAUCGUCUUUGGGCUGCUGGGCAGCCUCUGCGGCGGCAUUCUUGGCUUCUGCCUGCCGGCACUGUACCGUAUGUACUGUGGGAACUGGAGCGUGGCGACAGUGGGGAUCGUGAACUACGUUUGCACCUACCUCCUCCUCAUUGCUGGUGUGGUGGCGGUUGUCUUCGGCACAGGGGCUUCUGUGUACGGCGUGGUUGUGUAG